CUACUUACGUAUUUCAUUAAGUUUGUGGUACUUCAAACGUCGAAAAUGGCUUCUGCUAUUAGUAUUAAUGUUAAACAGCGGGAGUUUUUAAGCAAAGCAGAAGAUAUUGCAGAUCAGGUGCUAAGACAAAGCAAGUCUAUUUUGCCAUUUUUAGCACGAUUAUGCUUGGUCAGCACAUUUCUGGAAGAUGGAGUUCGUAUGUGGUUCCAGUGGAAUGAACAGAGAGAUUACAUGAAUGUUUCUUGGGGCUGUGGAUGGUUUCUUGCAACAUUAUUUGUAGUUUUCAAUCUUUUUGGGCAGAUUGGAGGUUCGAUUAUGGUGUUGACACGAUUCAAGGUGGACUAUGCUUGUGGGAUGUUAUUCUUUAUUGUGAUCCUUCAGACUGUAGCAUAUAGUAUUUUAUGGGAUCUACAGUUUUUGCUGAGGAACCUGUCUCUGGUUGGAGCCUUGCUGCUGCUGCUUGCUGAAAGUAGAGUAGAGGGUAAGAGUCUGUUUGCUGGUUUGCCAUCCUUAGAUGACAACAAACCUCGUAAUUACUUACAACUAACUGGACGAGUCUUGCUGGUAUUCAUGUUUAUCACAGUUCUCCGACUAGAGCUGUCUUUCAUCCAAGUUAUCCAGAACAUUGUGGCUUCGGGCCUAAUGGUGCUUGUUACCAUUGGCUAUAAAACAAAACUUUCUGCUUUAGUUUUGGUUCUUUGGCUUAUGUGUCUCAACUGCUACUUAAAUGCCUGGUGGUCUAUUCCCUCAUACAAGCCAAUGAGAGAUUUCCUGAAAUAUGAUUUUUUCCAGACCUUGUCUGUAAUUGGUGGAUUAUUGAUGGUUGUAUCUUUAGGACCUGGUGGGGUCAGCAUGGAUGAACAGAAGAAACGGUGGUAGAUUAACUUGGAACAAGAAAUGGCGUAUAAUAAAACUACACAUUUUGUGCACAUUUGCAUAAAUAAAUAUAAGUUAUAUAUUUUGGGCUUUAAAUAUCCAGUCUCCAAAAAUAUUUUUACAGUUUCUUCCAGCAAGUAUGAAAUAUCGAUCUACAAUGCAGUUGCUUGUGCAAAUAAUAAUAAUAUAGCUACUUUAUACGAUGAACUAACAAAGUAAAUUACUGAAAGCAUUUAAUAGUACUCAUUGCAUGAAAUUAACUUUUUAAUAUUUUUUUUUUUGUAAUGCUUUUUAUAUGAUUUAGACUUACAUACCUGUCUACUGGACUUACAGAGUUAACAAAUAUUGUUUUUUAAUGUCGAUUACUGUGGUGUAUUACCAAAAUUGUAAUAUUGGCAUCUGAGAAAUUCCAUAUCGAAUGAUUUGUGAACUUCCAUCUCACCAUCUCCGAUAUUUGUAUUUUUUUUUAACUUAAUCAAUAUAAUGUCAAAAUAUUUUGCUUCCAUAUGA